AUGGUUGAAUUCAACUUGGCUCCAGUCCGUGUCACUCAGUCCAUCCCCCAGGCUACAGUCCUGCACUUGUGGGCUUCCACUUCUUACAGCUCCUGUGCAAACUCUGCUUCUCCAUCCCUCCAUGCCUUCUUCUUUUCCCUCAACUUGGAGGACAUCGGGGUGUUUCUUGGACCAGACAGCAGCGUGAUGUUUGGCUAUGCAUGUACCGGGAGUGAUAGCUGUGUAUGUGCUACCAGAGGAGAAACUGUAGAAGGCCUUCGAGAGAGCGAUUACCUUCUGAUUCAUUCAUGUCGGCAGUGGACAACAAUUACAGCUCACAGUCUGGAGGAGGGUCACUACGUCAUAGGGCCAAAGAUAGAAAUCCCUGUACAUUAUGCAGGGCAGUUUAAGCUGCUGGAACAAGACCGAGAUAUUAAGGAGCCAGUGCAGUAUUUUAACAGUGUGGAGGAGGUGGCUAAAGCAUUUCCUGAACGAGUUUACGUCAUGGAGGAAAUAACAUUCAACGUUAAGGUGGCUUCAGGUGAAUGCAAUGAAGACACUGAGGUUUACAACAUUACCCUUAGUACUGGGGAUGAGCUCACUUUAAUGGGGCAAGCAGAAAUCCUUUAUGCAAAAUCUUCUAAGGAGAAGUCACGACUCAACACCAUCUUCAAAAAAAUUGGGAAACUUAAUUCAAUCAGUAAGCUAGGCAGAGGCAAAAUGCCCUGCCUCAUCUGCAUGAACCACAGGACCAACGAAAGCAUCAGUCUCCCUUUCCAGUGUAAGGGCAAGUUUAGCACCCGCAGCCCAUUGGAGGUGCAGAUGCAAGAAGGUGAGCACACAAUUCGCAAUAUAGUAGAAAAAACCAGGCUGCCCGUUAACGUGACUGUGCCGAGUCCUACACCAAGAAACCCUUAUGACCUGCAUUUUAUCCGUGAAGGGCACAGGUACAAGUUUGUCAACAUUCAAACCAAGACUGUGGUGGUUUGUUGCGUGCUUCGUGGCAACAAAAUUAUUCCCAUGCAUUUUCCCUUGCACUUGACACUUCCGAAAUUUACUCUACCUGACAGUCUGGUGAAGGGGGAGCUGUGGCACGAAUCCCUCAUCCAGCACUGGUUUAAUAUAUGCCAGGAACAGUUUGAUAUAGAUGAGUAUUCCCGUGCUGUGCGAGAUGUGAAAACUGACUGGAACGAAGACUGCAAGAGCCCAAAGAAGAGUCGAUGCACAGGGCACAGCCACGUGCCGAACUCCCUCAGCUACGCACGGGACGAACUUACGCAGUCCUUCCACCGGCUUUCGGUGUGCGUCUAUGGAAACAACUUGCAUGGGAAUAGUGAAGUGAACCUCCACGGCUGCAGGGACUUGUGUAACGAGUGGGCCCUGUUCUCUCACGAUGCUCUUCAGUACCAGGAGUCUGGUGACAGUAGCAGCGAUUACCUUUUUCCUGAAGUUAGUGAAGAAUCGAUGUUUCUGCCUACAAAACCAGAACUUCCUUACGAAGAGCUGUGGUUGGACCAAGGCUCUGGAAAGGCUGGUGAUCAGCCUCUUACUCGCUCGCUAAGUGAGAAGAACAAAUGUGACAACUACAGAGGGUCUUUCCGAUCAAAGUGCGGUACCACAUCUCUUCCUGUGCCUGCGACUGUCGGAGCAACCACAAAGUCUUCAGAUGUUUCCUUACCUCCGCCUCCAGUGCCUCCCAAAUCAGAAGCAGUAAAAGAGGAAUGCAGGCUCCUGAAUGCUCCCCCCGUCCCACCACGGAGUUCAAAGCCGUCCUCCACCAGUCCUUCCAUCCCUCCUCGUACAGUCAAACCUGCACGACAGCAAACCCGCUCUCCUAGCCCUACUCUGUCCUACUACUCUUCGGGACUGCACAACAUCAGUGUCACAGAGAGCGACAACAGCAACCCAACUGAGAGCACACCUGUUUCCUGCUACCCUUGUAACAUGAUGAAAACCGAAUCCAAAGAGCCUGAGAGCACGAUGCCUUUGGGAAGCCCCUCAACCGAAGCUCUGCCUUCGAGGUUAUCUUGGCCAAACCAUUUUUCAGGAACUGCUGAAGGCCUGAAUAGGAGUGAUUUCCUGCUCGAUCCGAGCAGGAGCUACAGUUACCCCAGACAGAAGACUCCAGGUACGCCAAAGAGAAACUGUCCAGCACCUUUGACUUUUGACUUUGAUGGGUGUGAGCUCCCGGCGGGGUACUCCCCGCUGACCCCAGCAGAGUUAUCGAACACCAUCUCUAGUUGUCCAAAGUCGGCGAGUUACUCUCUAGACUGCACUGAUGAGAAAACUCUGGGAGUCAGCAACACAAAGCAGAGCCAUUCAUGUCCUGCCUUACCUCCUCGGGCACCGAAGUCAAGUGAAGAGAAAACGGUUGCAGACGUGUGUCCCUUGCCACUGAAAAUAGAUGGUGCUGAGGAGGAGUCGAAAACUGGUUCUCCAGACCUCUUGGAAGAUCAGUAUCUUGUUAAAAAGGGCAUGCAGGAUACGUUCUCUGUGUCUUAUCCCUUCUCGUCUCCCCUCCACCUCCAGUUAGCACCAAGAUCUUGUGGAGAUGGCUCUCCCUGGCAGCCACCCACGGACCUUUCUGGCCUCUCGAUAGAGGAAGUGUCUAAAUCCCUGAGGUUUAUUGGUCUGUCAGAAGAUGUCAUAUCGUUUUUUGUUACAGAGAAGAUUGAUGGCAAUUUACUGGUUCAGCUUACAGAAGAAAUCCUGUCAGAAGACUUUAAGCUAAGCAAAUUGCAGGUUAAGAAAAUACUACAGUUCAUUAAUGGCUGGAGGCCCAAGAUGUGAUGCCAACUAGUUAUUAGUGAAACUGUACGAGAUGUGCUCGAUGCACUUCAGCUAAUACAUCACUUCCUGGUUUUUGCACUAAAAGCCCUUCCUGUAAAUAG